AUGGGCACCGCGGGAGGAGGGAGGGCAGCGCGGGCGCUCCGGCUUCUGCUUCUGCUAGUGCUGGCGCUGGCAGCUGUCGAGUACCUGUUCGGCUCCAUCCUGGACGCAUCACCUCUCAGGACCUAUCUGUAUGCACCGAUGCACAACGUCACGCCGACUAUCAAAAACGAUAAACUGAUUAUGACUAAAAAACUUCUGAUACAAGGAACGGAAUCAAUAACAAACUACACUCACACAAACAGUUCAAAUAAGAAUCCAGCCAAGGAAACAUUUAAUAUGACGAAACCCAAUCUAACUGACGACACCAGCACGCCGCUCUUAAUCACCAAGAUCAUGGAAAGCAUAAAGAAUUUGGUGACCACAGAAGAAGACUUCAGAGAUGAGCCAUCGUUACCGCUGUGUGAUGAAAUGCCGCCAGAUCUAGGUCCCAUAUCUGUGAACAAGACUGAGAUUGAAUUAGAUUGGGUGGAGAAGAAGUACCCCGAGGUCAGGACUGGUGGAAUAUAUUCUUCCUCCAACUGCACAGCACGACAUAGAGUUGCUAUCAUAGUACCCUACAGAGACCGUCAACAGCAUCUAGCGAUAUUCCUGAACCACAUGCAUCCGUUCCUGAUGAAACAGCAGAUAGAAUAUGGAAUAUAUAUAAUUGAACAGGAAGGUACAAGUGAAUUCAAUCGCGCGAAGCUGAUGAACGUAGGUUUCGUUGAGAGUCAAAGACAGAGGUCGUGGCAGUGCUUCAUCUUCCACGACAUAGACCUGCUGCCUUUAGACUCUCGCAACAUGUACACUUGUCCCAAACAACCGCGACACAUGUCCGCCUCUAUAGACAAACUCAACUUUAGGUUACCAUAUGAAGAUAUCUUCGGAGGCGUUUCAGCCAUGACGCUGGAACAGUUCACGAAAGUGAACGGCUUCUCCAACAAGUAUUGGGGCUGGGGUGGCGAAGAUGACGAUAUGUUUUAUAGAUUGAAAAAAAUGAAUUACCACAUAGCGAGGUAUAAAAUGUCAAUUGCAAGAUACGCCAUGUUAGAUCAUAAGAAAUCAGCACCUAAUCCUAAGAGAUAUCAACUGUUAUCACAGACGAGCAAAACAUUCCAGAAGGACGGUCUAUCGACGCUGGAAUACGAAAUAAUCAAAGUGACGGCCAACCAUUUGUACACGCACAUACUAGUUAAUAUAGACGAGCGUAGCUGA